UUAGUAGGAACCUGUUAAAGCAGCUGUUUUGACUCUGUGGAAUAACAGAUUUUGCUUGGUUCUUUCUCUUUCGCUUGAAAAAACAAGAGGAAAGAAUACAGUUGCCAAACACUAUAUUAGAGCUUCUCACCCAACUGUCAGAUGCAUUUGAGAAAGCUGGCAAUGCGAAAGCUGGCAGGUAUACGUGUGUAAGAACAUUCACAGAUGCAUUGUGUGAGCCUGCAAGCUUCUCUCCCUUGAACAGUGGUUGGAGGAAAAGUGCUUGAGUCAAUUAGCUUUCCAGGAGUCAUUGUAUUUCUUUAGAGCGGUGUUGUUUUAGUCAGCAUAAUGAAGUAGAAAGUAUGGUUUGACAGGGCAAAUUAAGAAUUGUUUGAGGGUAACAUUUACAGUAUACAUUUAUUUUUUGCAUCUCUUGGUGGCCUUGACUGUCUGGCUGAGAAUUGUACCUGAGAUUCUAUCAGCUUGGAACCAACCAGAGGUUGCUAACCAGCUUUUUCUUGCUUUUAAUACUGAAUUAAUGAUCAAAAAUUCUUGUUGACAUAAGCCGAGUCUUUCUGUUUUAAGAGUAAACAGCAAAGCUGAGUGUUAUAAGUGCAUGUGAUAUCUUUCCUUAGUUACCUUUUGCAGACCUCAGUGCUGUUCUUGGUGGCAUUGGGAUCUAGAGGACUAAAGCGGAACGUUAACUUUGUAAUCUAACUCGUCCAAAUGGAACCACAGAAUGGGCCAGGUCUAUUUUAAUUAAAAUGUCCUGCACUCUGAGCUCAUUUGUGAACCUCUUUUGUCUGAAAUAGUGUAUUUCAUAUUCUUCUGUGGAAAUACUGGAGUUCCUUUCCUCUAAUCAUUUUCUUGAUGACUCUUUGUCUAAGAUUGACAGUGUUGGCAAGAUCAUGUCUUAUCUGUUUUAAUUUAUCACCUCUGACUGUAUUAUUUUUUUUUCACUGGAGGUAUAAGUUGAAGAUAAGCUCUGAGUCAUUGUUGGCAGCAGAUUUCCUCAGUAUCAGAAGGAGUAUUUUAUUGUCAUCAUCCAACUAUCAGUUUAAAAAUGUCAAAGAGCUGUAAAAGCACUGAACCUGAUGUUCUUUCUGUUUCCUGCAUUCUCAGUUUUGUAGAUAAAGUGGAGUUUGUCUUCAGUGAAGAUCUAACUGGCAGUGUAAAUCAUACACAGUUAUUGUUAAUGAAAUCAGCUUUCUUGAACGUGAGUACAUGCUGUGUGUUCACCAAGUGUGUAGGGCAAAUUGAUAUUGUGGUAGUUGUAUAAGUAAGUGUAAUAUUGGGCUUUGUAAGAACACUGUGCUAUAUACACAGCAAUAAAGCAUCUUCUGUCUGUGCUGUACCUUGUGAAGGUAGGAGAUGAGAAGCAAGGAAGACACUAGGCUCCUUCACUGUUUUUGUUCCCUUCAUAUAUUUUAUCCCUCACUGGUGAACCUGUACUUAUAAUGUAAGAUUAUUAUUGAGUUCUAGGUUUAAUUUAUUCUUUGUUACGUGACUAACUCAGUAAAGGCUAUUUCAAAUCCAGGAAAUUAAUGGGCAUGUUAACUGAAAGAAACAUAUGUUUGAGAAAGCACCACACUCUUAUCACCUUUUUUUCUCCCAGAGCAUCCAAGUCUUAGUCAUAUCAAGAUACAGUACAGUGCCUCAGCACUUACAUCUCAAAGAAACUCUUCAUGUUUUGAAAACUAAGAAGUACUUGUGUGGGUUGGCUCUUCACUGUACAUAAAGUAGGAGAGAACCUGCUUCAAAUAGUAUGGGGUUCAAGAAUGGAGCAAAAAAAAAAAUCUAACAUCAAGCACAAUAUAUUAGUACUAACUUUGAAUUAUGUGAUUGUUUUAUACUUUAAAAGCACCUGUAGUAAGUUCUCUACUAGCUUCACCGUACUGUGUGAGCUGAAGUAUAUUACUUUCCUAUCUGUUUCCAUAAGAAAAAGAGGUGAUUAGGUCUCUACUUCAAGAUGUGGGGAUGACAAAUACAUUAAGUAUCAUUUAGAACUUGAGCUGGUUUUGCAAACUUGAGAUUAGUAAUAGAUGUAAAACAGAAAUUAUGAGCAAAUGCGGUAUUUUAUCUAUGGCUAUAUGUGGUUAUAAAGUUUAGUUGCUAAUGUGCUGAGUGAGGUGAAACUACUCAAAGGAAAUAGAUAUUGGGAUUGGCAGGCAUUGCUUGGGAACAUGCCAGUGUAGAUAUUGUGCCUUUGAAUGUGCUGAGAAGUCAAUUCAAACCAGCAUCAUUUCUUGGGCUGCAUUCAUACUCUCCAUUUUGUUUUGCCAUCCAAGGUAGAUAAUUAGAGAAUAUAAACUUUGGAGACUUAGAGACCAAAGUGACUUUCCCUGUCAGAUCAUUAACUGCAUGCUCUGCCAAUCCUAAAUUGAGCUGUUGCAGUAAUGUGGUGUAGUUUAGUUAUUUCCUGAUCUUCCAGUGUACAGCAAGGUGACCUCAGCGGACAGAGCUUUGACUUGUCAGCCAUGGGGCCUAUUCCUUUAUAGAGUAAGAUUAAAUCCUUUAAUUCAUCAGUGUUUAAGUAUUAUUAAUCUGAAAGAUCAGUGGCAAGCUUUUCACCAACAGUACUGCUGUUGGCAUCUAGGUCUUGACCUGUGAAUUCAGUAUUUUCUUAUGAAUUCAGUAUUUCCUUCUAAAGAUACUGGAAUUGGACCAGUCUUAAAUUACAUUGAGUCCUGUUACUAGUACAAGGUGUGGUGGCAAAUUUGUUGUGUAACUUGGAACUAGAUGUGCAAUCUAACUGAAAAUGGAAAACUGAUCAUAACCUUACAGGAACAACUUAGGUCCCCACUAAAGCUGUUUUGCUUCAUAUAAGAUUAGCAGCUGAAAAGGUGAUUUACAGUCCCUUCAAACCUCUUAAGAUUUUUCUGCCUCUAUGCUAAUAUCUCAGUGAGAUUUGCCUCUGAAAGUUACGUUUGAGUUAAGACCUUUCUUUAUGGCCUUUCAUAAAGCUGACUUAGGUAAGGCUAAGACAAGGGGAGAAAUAUUAACUUGGUGUAACGCCACUCUUUGAUACAGCAACGCACGCGGCUUUGCAUUUCUUAUCAGUGCAGGUGCUACUUAAUGAUGUUGUUUUUACUUGCCAAGUGAAGAUGUUCAAGAUGUCUGCUAAACAACGUGUCCUUUGAGGGAUAUUUGGGGAGUAGCAUUUUGGCAUCGAAUGGCUUCCAGGGUCAGAACCUCAGACAUGAAAUUUACCUGAAUUUAAGGUAAAUAUUUUUAAAAAACAUUUUAUUUCCCAAUUUAAAGGGCUAGAUGGUAGGUAAAAGGGUCAGACGGGUUGUUCGCACUUGGGAUUAUAAUUGUAUUCUUCUAGCUGUAAAUGAAACUAAAAUGUGGAUCUCACAGGUUGAGAAAGGAACAUAAAGUGAUGUCAGUGUAUAGAGUUACUAAAUGCACAAUCAGAUUUUAAGGUUCUUAACUCUUUCAGUGUUAGGAUGUUACCUUUCCCCUCAUAUUUUUGCACUUUUGAACCAGCAGUGCAGCUUAAGAUGGCAGCGCUUUGGAAGCUUUGCUCUUCAUCCCCUAUCGAAACAAAUAUUUGCUCAUUCUUCAUGGGGAUUAAAUCCUUACACCCAUGUCUUAUCACCAGUUUUCUUUAACUGUGAUCCAGAUGUUCAGUUUUCUGUAUGUGGUAGGAGUUCUUAUUGGCAAAUGCUUCCACUGUCAGUGAUCAUUUUGGCACUUGUUUGUUACUGAAUAUAUAUCUGUACUGUAAGCUGCAUCUCUACUUGCUAUUCAGGCUUGUGCUAAUAAUUUAGCUGUUUGUUUUUAAUUCUCUUAGAUAUCUAUUUUUUCUGUUCCAGCGUUUCAAAAAGAUUGUGUUAGGUGAUAUGUGGUUACAUUUCAUUUCAUGUUAGCUUGUUAGGAGCUCGUGGCCCCUCAUUUGCGUGAUAUAUUGGGCUUACCAGCAAGUGAAGUCUCUAUGUAUAGAUUCUAAACAUCAGUGUAGGAUUUGCAGUGAUAUGUCAGGUAACUUGGAAUAUCAGCAGAGAUAAGAAUUCAACAAGUACUACGUUUUGUUCUUUGAUCCAUUGCAAAGGUUGCAAAUACCUGGAAAAAUAUAGUAGGUUGGAUGUUGAGUGUAAUAGCUCUUUGUUUUUCUGCUUAAUCUACUGUCUUAGGAGCUCCAUUGGGUUGCUAGUGUGAGUGAAUAUGAUGAGCAUGGAGAUACAUGGCUCAGUUUUUUCCUGUGCUGUUUGAGGGAAGAAUUAGGGUGUCUAGAGUAUUCCCAAGGAUAAAACUACUGUAAGUGAAACAAAUGGUUUUCAAGAUUGUCCAGAUUAGCCAUUUGUAAUGCAGCAAAUGGAUAAAGCUGUUCUUCUUCUUAAUGCAGUAUAGCUUAAUAAUGAGGACUGUGUAGUGCUGUAAGUAAUAGUUUGGUGCUAGAAAAUGAUUGAAUUAAAGGCAAUUGAGUGCUCAAUAGAGUAAUACCACCUUCAUACAAACAAUAACUGAAGUGUUGCCUCUAACAUGAAUACAGUGAGGAGAAGAUAGAUUUUUAGUGAAAAUGAUAAAGAUACAGGUUUUAAUCAGUAGUUAAGUUGCUUAAGGACUUAAAACAAUAGAUGAAGAUGAAAGAUGAUGUCUAAUGCCUCAUCUAGAGGAAGAUGGAAGAUGAUUUCUAGCACCUCAUCUUGAGGCUUUUGAUUUUGCCAGUGGUAGGUUUCAAUUGCAAGAUUACAGUGGGAAAAGAUAGAUGUUAGUGUAGGCUGUAUGUACAUAUCGGUGCUUCAAGCAUUUUGUGCACAGUAGGUAGACAAACUUUUUGCAGUGUUGAUGUCUUCUAGCAAUUUCAUGGGCAAACCUUUUAAUUGAGUAGAAAAGAAAUUGUGAUGUAUGACUUUGAAGUUGUACAAAUUACUUUGAAUUGCUGGUGGAGGGUGGCUGGGGAAUGAGAGCUUACCUGCCUUGGAAAUGGGGGAAAUUUAUGUCUAAAAGGCACCUUUGGUUCAGUGAGCUGUGUUGAUAGUUACUCAGUGUCACCUGUUCUCUGUUAAAGCUUAACUAGUUUGCUAAACUAACAUCUAUCUAAACCAUUGAAAUGGAAAGGCUUAUCUGUUUAAAAGCUAAUGGUAAUUUCAUUCAUGUAUCAUUUCUUGAUGGGCAAGUGGUAAAACAAAAAACCUUUUACACUUUUUGAGUCUUGAAGUUUUACUGGAGUUUAACUUAAAAUAUUUACAAAUUUUAUCUUGAUUUUUCUUUCAUUUCCCCCUGCAGCGCUGUAGUAAAUUAACAACUUCAUAUCCAUAAUGCUGGUGGAAUUGUGUGCUUGGCUGAUAUUUAUGGAGUCCUAUAAAGAAAUGGGCAGGUACAUGGCUUCUGUAGCCACAAUAAGAAGCGAGGAUGUGCAGUGAACCAUCUGUGAUCUCUAGUGCUGUUGUACAGAACUAGAUUGGCCCAACUCUGAAGGUUAUAGCUGCUAAAGGUAGCUUUAUCUCUACAACACAAUCACAGAAUGACCCGGGUUGGAAGGGACCUCAAGGAUCAUGUAGUUCCAACCCCCCUGCCUAGCAGGGCCACCAAACAUACACAACAAGUCUUUCUGUCUUUUUAAGAUCAUAUCUUUUAGUUAUCUUUUAGUUGCUAAGGCUUGAUGGUGUUUCUUUGGAGUCAGAGGCAAGGAGAGAUUCCAAAAUAGCCUCUUAUUUGCUCUGUAUUUGCAAAAUGAAAGCUGUUUUGGAUCCAAAUUGCUGGGUUGUAUUACUGUCACUUGUAUUGCCAUCCUGCAGUUAAAAAUCGGGCUGUUUUGUUUAAAAUACAUACGCUUUUGAGGUCUUGGAUCUGUAGAAGAACUGCAUAAAGCCCCCUUUCCUUUCUUCCUGAGCUACAAAAGUAUCAGAAGAGAUCUUCUGCUUAAUACAUUGUAGCAGAGUUGAGUUAUAGCAGAGUAUAUACAGAGUAAAUAGUAAAAAUGUUCAAAACGUGGCUGUUUGUUGGUGUCUGGUACCAGGUUCUCAAUCUGGUUUCAAAAAAGAAAAUAAUAGUUCCUUUCUAUUGAAAGGUAUUUGUUCUUCCUGAGAGGUCUUGAAUUUAGAGCAAGGAGGAGAACAAACUGCUGAUUAAGCUGUUGGUGUACAGAGUUCUUGUGGGCACGUAUGUUAUCUGGCUGCUACUAGAACUGUUCAAGUGCUUUCUAGUUUUACACAGCCCUUGAGCACAGCUUGAUCCUGGUGAUUGCCAUUAUGACUCCUUGGGGUGAGUGGGUGGCCUUCUGAGUUAACAAACACGUAACUUGAGUUGCACAAUGAUUCUGACAGGUUAAAAAUACACCACUUGACUUCAAAAUGCAAGGGGAAGUGUGACUUGUGUGUUCAACUCUAGUAUCCAGUUGUGAAGUGCAAAAGGUAUUUUAGGAACACUUACAGACAACUGAUUUGCAUAAGGCUGUGCUCAUUUUAGGAAUAAUAGGUUUUCAACACCCUGUCUCCCACAGUGCAGAAGCACAAGCACAGCAGUCUUACCUACUGCUCUUGUCUGAAACAUUGUUCUCCAAUUCUUGUGAUCUUCCCCUUUCUUUGAGUCACUUUUUUGUAAAGAAAAGUUGUAAAUAUUUUAUUGCCUGCUGUAGGAUGGAAGCCACAUUAAAAGAAAUGGGUGAGUAGCUUCUAUUUCUUGAACCACUGGAGUGUGUGCAGUUGUGAGAGCAGCCUUUGACUAUGGCUAUUUGUAUGAUACAACCAGUUAAUCCAAGUGAUGCAUGCUUAGGUGGAUACUGGUAACUUCCAUAAUACAUGAAAUACUGGCUUGGAUGUUUUGAACCUAAGCUGCACCUUGGAUUUUUUGAGAAAUGCAUUAGAUAUCAUAGAAUUGCUUGGCUUAGAGGGGACCUUGAAGAUGGUUUAGUUCCAGCCCCCACCAUGGACGUGGUUGCCACCGUGUAGAUCAAACAGCCCAAAGCUCUGUUCAGUCUGACCCUCAAUAUUUCCAGGGAUGGGACAUCAGAAACCUCUCUGAGCAGACUGUUCCAGCACCUCACCACCCUUAAAGUUAAAAGGACAAGCAAUGAACAGUGAGACUGGAGCACCUGUGGAAGCUGGAUUAGUCCAUGAACUCCUCAGCUGGUGCUCUGUUUCCUGCCUCCACAGAACUCCUGCUACCACAGCUCUUAUUAAUGCUUCUGCUGAAGCUUAAACAUGUAGUUAGGUGCCUGCGUUUUAAUGCAUACAAUGCUUUUAGCUGUAUCUGACUAUUUCAAAAUGAUAGUUUAGCAACUAUCUUAGGGAAAAUCAAAGUAUCUUUUUUAGUGUGUGAGCUUAAUGUUUUUUUUUUUUUAACAUGCUGGAGAAGCUAAGAAGUGGGACAGCAUGAUUUAAAAAAGGAAUAUGAAUCAAAUCAAUUUCUGUAUCACUUACUCAAUCUACACUGUGACUACUUUGUUUUUAUCAAGUAUUUAUUAAGUUAGGGGUAAUAUCCUGAGACCUGACCUUAAAAUAUUUGUUUCCCUAAUGUAAUGUGUUUUCUGCUGGAUCAGGCUUGUUAAUGUAUAGCUGUGUAAAAUAAUGCAUUUCUACCGAAUUCCUCUUAACUAACUGUAAGUAGCUCUAUUUUUAUUAUAUUUAUUAUUAUAAAUUAUGUUUCUAAUAUCUGGACACAAGUCUGCUCAGAUUACGGGUAAGCUAGUAAUAAGAUUUGAUUCCUGGAAACUCUGUUAGGAUCUAUUCAGUGCAUACUGAUCUACACUACCAGUCUACAUCUGUCAUGUUUCCAAGUAUCAGAAUGAGAAAUGAAUUGGUAUUCUUUACUUGCUUGACACUGGAAGUAACUUCAUUUUUUAUUGUGCAUUUAUAGGCUUUAAGUGAUGUUUUCUAUCAAUGAUUAAAUAUUCCUCUGAGGUUUAUAUAUCUCAAAAUAAGGAAUAGUCGGAAUAUAAUUUUUGGCAGUAUUUAGUAUUUUAGUUACUGUGUAAACCAAACUGUUUAAAGAUUAAAAACAAAAAAAUGACAAAAAGACCUCAAAUUCAUAUUUUUGUUGGAGCACCCAGUAUUCCAAGCCAACUGGAGGUGUCCAAACCAAGUAGUUCAGUACCUGCUGUUGAGAAGUGGAAAGAACUUCACUGUUCCUAUGAUAUACAUAGUCUUUUUUCGGUAGAAAACAAUGGUACUGACCGUGUAGUGUUUCAGGCAGGAAGCUCUGUAGUCACAGCAGUUCCCACAAAUGAUUCAAGCUCUCAGCAGUCUGAACAGAAGAGAUCAACAAUAGCAAAGGAAUGUUUGAAAUCUUUUGUACCCAUGGUAGUAACUUGUGCUACCACAUCCCAAAAGACAAGAGGAUUAAUUGAUUCUGAUUUUCCAGUAUCCAAAGAUAGAUGCAUCUGUGCAAACAUAGAUGAGGCUAUAGAUUGCCUUCUUCAGGAAUCUGUGAAAUCAGGUAGACGGGAUGAACUAUCACAUGGCAGUUGUUCAGACCUCAAUGAAAGAAAAGCCGGUCACUUGGAAAUUAGGGACUCUGACCUUUCUGAUUUGGUUGGUAGUACAAAGCAGAUCAGCACACAACUAAGGUCUGCGGAACAAGGUGUUGAAUCGGAUCAUAGGAAUGAUCACCAUGAACAUUUAAGUCGAUAUCUGAAUAUGUUUUUCCCCCAAAAUCAAGAGUCAAAACCAAAAGGAGAAUUAAGUGACUGUUCAGAUCUUGCAGUGUCGACUGAUACUGAAUUUCGAAGUGUAAUGACUUUAAGUCAGAUAGCUGCUUUUGCACAGGAUCACUUUAAGAACCAGAAUGACAUGCAGAAAAGAACUGUAGGACUAUUGGAGACAGAAAGACAGAUUAAGCUUGAAGAAAGGCGAUGUGAUGGCUACCAGUUGGAAUCUGAUGCUGGAAGAUGUCUCAGUUUGGCUGAAAAUGAAUGUAAGCAAGAGUAUACAAGUUCUCCUGAGCUUUUCAGUUCUGAUUGUGAUGAGAAAAACAUUGGCUUUGAAGAUACAAAAAGAGAAGAAAGCACUAAUGAGAAUGCAGUGGAGCAUCGUGCGUGCAACAUUCCUGCUGGGCAACUCAUAAAUGAAAUCCAUAUUGAACCACUGAGCUCAGGAAUACUGUGCUCUCAAGUAGAAAGCUCUCAUAAGAGCUCUUAUAAAAGAGCCCGCAAGUCUGAAGAUCUGUUCCAUAUUUUUAACUCAAAAAGGCAGCUUAAAUCAAAGAGACCGAAAUUGUAUCUAAAUCCUCCAUCCGGUCCUGGAAUGACAGAGCAUCAAGAGAAGAUGGAGUUUAAGCCUCAGGGGAAACUUCUAUCCCUGCUUAAAGACUGCUGUUGCAAAAAUCAAAAGUACAAUGUUUUGGUCACAGUAGUACACCCGUGUCUUAUCAAAGAAAUACAGGUGAAGACCAGACCCAAAUCUUCAUGUAAAGUUCCUGUAGCAACAAUUGUAGUUAUUGAUCAGUCAGAAACGAAGAGGAAGGUGGUGCUGUGGCGUGGUGCUGCAUUUUGGUCCCUCACUGUGUUUCCUGGAGAUGUCGUAUUACUUACAGAUAUCAUGAUGUAUGAGAAUCAAUGGUAUGGAGAAAUAAUGCUGCAGUCUACGUUUACCAGUCAGUUACUGAAUCUGGGGAACUACUCAGCUCUCAAUCCAGAAGAAUUUUACCCUGUAGUGGAUGGUGAUGUUCUCCAUGGCUUAUUGGCGUAUGUAUCAUCAGAAUUUCCUCACUUUGGAGACAUUCCACGAAGGCACGUUCAGAGACUGGACAGCGUUCAGUAUGUUCAACUUGACCAGCUUCAGCCGAACACAUUGGUUCACUCAAUCUUAAAAAUCAUCAGCAUUGCCAUAUUAACAGAGUCUGUAUAUAGCUACAAAGGAGGCUACCAGAGAAAAAUUAUUCUAACUGUAGAACAGAACAGAGAUCAACACUACAAGAUGGUGCUGUGGGGAGCAGGGGCUGCCUGGUGCCCUCAGCUUCAGAGGAGAAAAGGCCAUCUGUGGGACUUUAAAUACCUUCUGGUCCAGCACAGUUCUGUCUCAGGUGACUUUGAACUGCACUCAACUCCAUGGUCAUCCUGUGAGUGUUUGUUUGAUGAUGACAGAAGAGCAAUUGCAUUUAAAGAAAAGUUUCAGAAAAGCAAAGCGUCCCUUGUGAAAGUGACAAAUCUCUCAGCACAUUUGGAAGAGAAAUGCUCAGGAGUGAUUCAAGUGAAAGCCCGUGUCUUAGAGCUGAAGUUUACUGUUACAACUGGUCAGUACAGGCAGCUCAUCUUCCGUGCUGACACUUCGCUGGAGCGUGUUCUGGCUUCUCUGCCUAUAAUUACAUAUUCGGGUUGUGCCAAAUGUGGCUUGGAACUUCAGGCGGAUGAGAACAUGAUCUACAAGCAGUGUUUUAGAUGUUUGCCAGACAACAAAGUGAAAAUAUUCUACAGACCCGCUUUGAUGACAAUAGAAGAUGGAGGAUAUGAGAUUAAUAUACACGUGGUGUCUGAGCUGAUGGAGAAAAUCUUCCUUAAUAUUCCUGCGGACUGGCUGAACAGAUCAGUAGUGCCCUCCUCGGAUAUAACCUAUGGCAUGAUAGUAGCAGAUCUGUGUCAUUCGCUGCUGGCAGAUGUGGGCGCAUCCUAUUUGUUGGAAAUUAGGAGCCAUUUUGUGCUAGAUGAGAACAGCUAUCCUUUGCAAAAGGAUUUCCACCUACUGAAUUUGCAUCCUGAUCUUCGAAGCAUCAACUUGAGCAGUGACUGAAUAAGAGACUGUAAGAUACGUGUUGCAAACUAAAGAAAAAUGAAUUAGCUCAAGGAAGCAAAUAGUUUAAAUAUAAAUAAUCACAGAAGAACGGGUACAGAAUAUGUGCUGAUUGUAUAUAAUACUGCUGUAAAACAUAGAAGGUGUUGUAAAAUAUAUUGUUAUAUACAUUUUUAAUCUUAAUAAACUCUUGCUGAUAUUUCCA